AUGUGGCCCUGGCUGACCGUGCUCCACCUGCGCAGGGCCGUGACAGGCGGCAUGCUGGACGUUGCGGGCCCGCCGGCGGGACAGAAAAAGACGAGCUCACGGGAGAUCAGGCGCAGGCUGAUCCAGGAGUUGGGAGACCAGAAGAUUCCUUUCCUGGGGCCAGGAGACCAGGGCUUCCAGCAGCUGUGGGAGUCCAGCUACUCGGGCCUGGUGGUGCGGCGGUCCUGCUCCCUGCCCACAGAGCUCCACGGUCCCGGGCCCUGCUGGGCCAGCCGGGCACCACCUACCGCUACCUGGACACCCGUCUCUUCGCCAUCCCCUGGCACAGCGAGGAUCAGGAGGGAGGCGGCGGCGGCGGCGGGGGUCGCUGCGACGGUAGGGGUCGACGGUCAGUCGUGCUGCGACGCCGACCUGAGGGCCGCCUGCAAGGCCCUCUGGGAGCUCAACCACUUCUUCUCGUCCGACGUGGGGGAGAGGAAGGAGGGCGACGCCUUUACGCAGUACAGGAAGGAAGCGGACACGGAAGCCAAGCUGAGCGAGGACGACGACAAGGGCUCCCGACAGAGCGACGAGUCCAAAAACACUGAAGGGGGCGACUCGGAGUCCAAGCAGAGCGAAGAGGGAGACACAGAGUCCAAACACAGCGAGGAGUGGGAUAUUGAGUCUCGGCACAGCGAUGAGGGCUGCUCCGAGUCCAAGCAGAGGGCGGACUGGGAAACGGAGGACAAACACAGCGAUGAAGGAGAGCCGGAGGCCAGGCAGAGCAAGCUUGGGGUACCGGAGCUAAAUCCACGCAGUGAAGGAAAAUGCACAGGUUCAAACCCUGCGUCAGGCAAGGGCACGGAGGCCGAGGGGGCGACGCUCGGAUGCCAGGAGAAACCUGUGGCAGAACUGAAGCACAGUCUCUCUAGCUACCACAUCCAAGAUGAGGAGGAGGAGGAGCAGAGUGGCCAGGGUUGUUCUGGCCCCCCCCAAGCACCAUGCCCCGGCCCCGCCCACUUCAAUGUCACCUUGCUCAACUACAUGGACCCGUCUGCCAUAAGCCAGCUGAAGGAAGAGCCUUACUAUGGGAUGGGCAAGAUGGCGGUGGGGUGGCACCACGACGAGAACCUGGUCACCAGGUCUCCCGUGGCUGUGUACAGCUACAGCUGCCACGACAACAAAGGUGUGAGCCCGGAGGAGGGCAGUGGGGAGAAGGGCUGCUGGAGGAUUGGUCUGAAGGUGGCCUGGGACAUCCACACGCCCGGCCUGACCCUACCCCUGCAGUCUGGAGACUGCUACUACUUGAGAGACGACCUGAACAGGAGCCACCAGCACUGCGUCCUGACCGGAGACAUGCCUCGCUUCAGCUCCACCCACCGGGUGGCGGAGUGCUCCACAGGCACCCUGGCCUACAUCGAGGCGCGGUGUCGUGAGGCCCUGUCAAACCUGCGUGUGGAGGCGGCCGGCAGCUCCCACAGCCUGCUGUCCCUGCUGCCCUCCACCUUCCAGCACUGUGAGGAGAUCCACAACGAGGUGGAGUUUGAGUGGCUGAGGCAGUACUGGUUCCAGGGCCAGCGCUACACCCGUUUCUGCAGCUGGUGGAGCGGCCCCAUGGAGAGACUGGAGACAGACUGGAGACACAUGGAGCUCAUGACCAAGCUCUUCCUGGCGGUUGUGGAGGAUGAAGAGAGCGCGGAGGAGGGCAGGAGAGAGAUGGCCGAGACUCUGCUGAGUGCCCUGACAGACAGACAGCAGCACAGACAGACAUGGAGAGACAGGUGCCACUCCACCCUGGCCCAGAGCCUGCCUCCGGAGGAGGUCCCAGUGGACCGGCCCUUCUGGGGCCUCGACGACGCCGCCAUGCCGCUGCCCUUUGACCUGGCUGACAUCAUCAACAGGGUGGAGUCCCUCCUCUGGAGGAUGUGAACAACGGUGCGGCGUGGAAGAAGAGAGAAAGAGAGAGAGAGAAAGAGAGAGAGAAUGAGAGAGAGAAACAUAGAAGGAGAGUCUUCACACCUUGUGAAAUGCACCAUGCCACCAGGGAGAAGAUGCACCUGCUCCAUGUUCAUGUCCUUCGUUUGGGUGGCACAGCUUCAGCCCUCACCCCCACCCAGCACCCCACCCAGCACCCCACCCAGGACCCCACCCAGCACCCCACCCAGGACCCC